AAACUGAAAUGUAUUACGUCGCGCAUCGAUGUAAAUGUGGCGCGCCGCUAAACGCAGUUCUGUCUUUAAAUAUAUGUUUACUAGAGAUUUAAUGUGCAUGACAAGUAAAUGGUUUAUGAAGUAAAGAUAAUAAACUGUCCAAUCGCUAUAUUAGAAUGUGGAAACUUCAACCAGCCGAAUCUGGAGGCAAAUGUUUACUUGACUUCUGUGUUAUGAACAGACACAGCUAUCAUCAGACAGGCAGAAGGGAAAGCUUCUUUCUGCUGCCAGGUCAGAAGUAUGUAGUCGGCCGUAAGAACUGUGAGAUACUGCUGUCUAAUGAUCAGUCCAUCAGCCGUGAGCAUGCCCACCUUACUGUCACUGAACAGGGAAUCUCAUUGAAAGAGAGCUCAAAAUAUGGCACCUUUGUCAAUGAUGAGAAGCUUGAGACUGGCUCCACAAGAAUCCUGCAACCAGGAGACAAAGUCACAUUCGGAGUGUUUCAAAGCAAGUUCAGGCUGGAGAAGGAUUGUGUUGUGGUUUGUUCAUCAUGUGUUGAUAAUGAAGGGAAAGCCUCCCUUUCACAAGAUCUGCGCUCCAUCGGAGGGCAACUGGUUAACUCAUGGACCCUUAACUGUACACAUCUUGUCAUGCCCACUGUAAAGAUCACUAUAAAGACGAUUUGCGCACUCUUGUGCUGUCGGCCUAUAGUAAAACCUGAAUUUUUCAGGGCGUUUAGCAAAGCCGUGCAGCAGAAACUGCCUUUGCCUGAACCUGAGAGAUUUAGGCCUCCAAUUGAUGAGCCCAGCCUGUCUAUAGAGGAUCUGGACUUGAGCGCUCGGCCCGAAAGAAAAGGUCUCUUCAAGGGAAAAACAUUUGUGUUCUUGAACUCCAAACAGAUGAAGCGUUUAAGUCAGGCAGUGAGUUGUGGAGGUGGGGUAAGCCAGCUGUUGGAGGAGGGCUCUCUGCCCCUUUCACUCCUGGAGUCAAGCAGUACUUGUGUGGUUGAUGUCAUAUCUGGAAACUCGCAGGUUGUAAUCUCUCCCACCACCAAGAAAUGGGUGGAGUCUGUGGCACAGAUUUUGCAUGGAAAUGGCUUACGCUUUAUUACGGAGUCUGAGAUUGGAUUGGCUGCCAUUCACAUUAAUAAUCAAACAUACUGCAAUCCCUGCUCAUCUUUACGUUCUGACUCAAUGAAAGGGAAGCCGGUCAUGGCUUCAGCGACACUUUCACAAAACACUGCUGUGGAUGAAACGGCUCUUGCAGCACCUUCCCAGAACAUCACAGCUUAUGUGGUCAACACUGAGACCACGAAUGACCCAAGCAGGAUAGAUACAAGUGGAAUCAGUGCAGUUGGUGAGACUCCAGAGAAGACAGACUCCGCACAAAGGGCUUCACGCCUUUCCAAAUUGCCAACCAGUAAACCAUCCCUCGACCCAGAAUCUUCCGCUUCUCGCAUUAUCAAUGAGACCGUGAUGUCAACGGAGAAAACAGGUUGUUCCUCUUCAGGCAGGGGGUUAGCUGGCUCAUUAAAAUUGACAGACCCGGCAAGUGGCAGCUCCACAUUAAAACUGUCCCAACCAAAACGGACAUCUCUCACCAACUACUUCCAGCCUGUCAGCAAGAAAAGACAACUUGAAGACAGUGCUACAUCUGUCCAGUCAAAGACCAAGUUUUCCCGAAAAGACAGCGGAGACGAAGAAUAUGAUGUUUACCAAGGUUCCUCCACAAGUAGAUCUCAAAAAACCUCAAGUACAGCCCAAAACCAGCAGAGCUCUAAGCCACAAUUGAGUGCCAGUCUGGGUCUUAGCUCUUGUUUGGGUAUAAGUGCCGGUCACAUUGUGGCCCCACCGGGAAAGGACUGUGGUUCUAGUCAAAGCAAAAAAAGAAAGGAACCGGAGCAGGAUGUCCCAUCAGUCCCAGAAGAGGCUGCUGAUUUAGACAUGUCACUUGAAGAGCUUGAAUCCAUCAUGUCUGAAGAGAUGGAUGAGCCUCUGCAGGCUGCAGCCAAUAAGAAACAAUGUCUCGAGUCAGGACGGAGCAGCACGGUCAAUAAACCUCAAUUACCCAAUCAGCAAAAAAGCAAAAUGAAUCAGCAGAGUAGUGCCAACAACAUUCAGCACUUUCAGCUGGAGAGAAAAUGCCAAACUGCAACAAAUCAGGCAUCUGAAAGGGAGUCAAAGAGGUCCAAUCAAGUGCCAGAAUCAAAUAAAGCGACAAAUCUUGAGCAGGAAACACUAAGUUCAGCCAAUGAGGAGAAAGGAAUGGACCAAGAUGUCAAAAAUGAGGAGGUGUCAUUUGUUGUGACUUCAAGGACCCAAAAUGGCAUUUCUCAGAAAUGUGAGCCUGUAGCCAAACUGGAACUGCAGACCGCAGCCUCUCCAUCUGGAUGUGAGAAUGACUCCGAGUUGCCCAGGAGACUUGUACAGAUUCAGUUUAUGUCCCUGACCGUAAGCACCUCCUCCAGAUCAAAACCCAACCCGCUACAGACCAACAACCCCAAUGCUAAGAAUGUCAAAAGGUUUUGCAAGACAUCCGUCCCUGGUUUAAAGGGGCUGCCUAAUAUUAUCGGAGGCUCUGAUCUGGUGGCUCACAAUCGUAGCAAGAACUCCGAGCUGGAGGAGUGGCUCAGACAGGCAGCCGAGGAGGAAAAACAAAAUGAACGAGAGGAGACUUUGGGUGAUGAUUUGUUCAGGUACAACCCCAGAUCCACCAGGAAAUGUAAAUAAUAAUAUGAAUGAAAGUUCAUAAUACUGCUGAUCUAUUUGAUGACUAAGAAGACAAUUGGCGUGGAACUUGAUGGUUAGCAAUCACCCAACUAAUACUACUAAUACUCAACACCUUUCAUUGUUCUACACUCAACAUUGAAGAUCUUUAAGACAUGCAAAGGAAAAACAGUUUGAUGUUUGUAAGGGGUUUAUUUGUCUAUAAUAAAAAUACUGUACAAAAUGUAUAUCUAUAUUAAAAGUUUUACAAAUUGA